UCGCGUCCGUCCCCGAUUUUCUUCCGGUUACCAGGAAGGGACGGUGGGAAUUCAAGGAUAUUCACUUUUUUCACUUUUCAGCACGAAUCGUGCAGGUGGGGUGUGUUUUUCGUUCCCAUUUAUAUUUCUGUCCUGAAGACAAAUGUCUGGGCUGGUCAAUUUCGAAGAUGAAGAGGAAGUGAAAGUUUAUUUGGAAAAUCUGGGAACAGAAUAUAGUUUCCAGUGCUACAAGGAGCACGAUCCUGACGGUUGCCAUCGUUUAGCUGAUUUUCUAGCUGGAAUAAAGUCCAACUUUAAAGGAGCUGCAAAAGUUCUAAAGGAGAAUUGUGAAAAUAAUCUGCACAGUGAGAGCUGCUACAAACUUGGAAAUUACUAUUUGACUGGAAAAGGCGGGCUUCCAAGAGAUGUGAAAACUGCUUACCAAUGUUUUUUGAAAUCUUGUGAAAAAGGAGGAACAAAAUCCAUCAAUGCUUGUCACAGUGCUGGAUUACUUCUACAAGAUGGACCAGUAAAUGAGAAUGAGAAGCCUAAUGUCCCUUUAGCCAGGGACUAUUAUAGUAAAGCUUGUGACAGUAAUUUUGCCCCCAGCUGUUUCAACCUAAGUACUAUAUAUCUUCAAGGAGCUCCUGGGAUAUCAAAGGAUAUGAGUCAAGCAUUACAGUAUUCUCUAAAAGCAUGUGAUUUAGGACACAUGUGGGCAUGUGCCAAUGCUAGCCGAAUGUACAAACUGGGGGAUGGAGUUGAGAAGAAUGAUGCCAAGGCCGAAACCUUAAAGAACAAAGCAGAAACCUUAUACAAAGAACAGAAUACAUCUGUAAAUACUUUAACAUUUGGAUAGUAAACAUAAACAAAUAAUCUAGUUUGAAGAAGUGUACUUUGUUAAAUAGGGCAGGUAUUUAAUCUCUAGAUUUAUUCUCUUGAAUGCUCAAAAUUUGUAAGUGAAAGUUUGUAUAAUUUAUUACAUAAUGCAAUAAAA